AUGCCCAGGUCAGCCUUUCAAUAUAGCAGUGCUGAGCUUCAUUCACUGAGACAUGCAUGUGGUACCAAACAUGUUGAUGCACAUGUGUUUCAGACUUUAAAAGAACUUAACUUGCUUCAUCUUCGUAGUCGACGGGCUGGAUCUCACUUACAUAAACAUCAUCGGGAGAGGCCCCACGUAUCAGCAAGAACACAUAGGUCUACAUCUCGACCUGUGAACCAAAGGAAUAUCUGCCCAACAGUGUAUCCUUUUAAAACUCAAGCAAAGUUCUGCUCUAUCAAUUCUCAGUCACUGCGAAAUAAAACAACAGAAUUUAUUGAAUUUGUGUUAGACAAUAAACUUGAUAUCGUGGCCAUUUAUGAAACCUGGCUCAAGACUGGAGACGAUAUUUUCAUCAGAGACAUCACGCCAAUGGGUUAUACGUUCAAGCAUUUUCCACGCACAAACAACAAACGAGGUGGAGGCCUUGCUCUCUUAUACAAAUCUACUCUGAAUGUGCGUUUUCCUGAAUCUAUCGCUAACCCCAAGGCUUUUGAGGUUUUCUCAGCUGAAAUUGUCAGUUCAACAUUAUCACUCCUACUUGUUGUAGUGUACCGCCCACCAACUAGAUCAACAGGUUCUUCCUUUGAUGCGUUCACUGCAGAGUUUGAGUCACUUAUUGAAGAUGUAUGUUUGAAUCAAAUGCCUAUUAUCAUCACAGGUGAUUUUAAUGUUCAUGUCGACUCAGCGUCAAAUGCAAAUGCUUGUGCCUUCAAGAAUCUCCUCUCUAGCCACAACCUUAGACAAAGUGUUACCUGUCCUACGCAUAGAAAAGGUCACACUCUGGACUUACUGAUCACCAGGGAAUCAGACCCAACCUUUUUUGAUGAUCUGCAUGUCAUCGACGGGAUAGCUGAUCAUUCAGCAAUAACCAUCAAGCUGUAUCUUGAGCGCCCUCAGAACCAGAAGGUUGAAGUAAAAACAAGGAAUGUAUCAGCCAUCAGUAAGGAGACUCUAUGUGAUGAUAUAAAGUCUUCCAAGCUUUCCAGUACAGAGUUGAAACUUAACUCAUUGUCAUCACAAGCUGAGCAGUAUAACACCAUCCUUGAAAAUAUUUUUGAUAGUCAUGCUCCAAUGAAGACACGUACAGUGGUUCUGAGACCCCAUUCUCCAUGGUUCAAGAGCAGCUUUCAUACUGAAAAGCGGGAAAGACGUCGCCUAGAGACCUUGUGGAGAAACUCUGGACUUGAGAUUCAUCGGCAGAUGUAUACAUCGCAGAAGCAGAAGGUCAAUCGACUCAUUCGUCAAUCAAAGUCAACAUACUACAAUGACCUGUUCACAGAGAAUGCAAAAGACCAGAGACGACUCUUCAGUAUUGCUGACAAAGUCCUUCAUCGCAAGAGCAAGUCUCCUCUCCCACAGCACCAGUCAAAGGAACAGCUAUCCAAAGAAUUUUGUAAGUUCUUUGAUGAAAAGAUCUCAAACAUCCGCCAAGGAUGCCAGAUUGCUGAUGACCUAAGCCCCCGGGGGGGCCACUUACAUUGA